CUCCUUCAAAUCUUCAAACUAAUGCUCCCAAACGCAUCAUUCAUAGCUAAAAUUCUGUGUCUUCAUCACCGUCCUUCUCCCAGUCCUCUUCAAUUUCCUUUCCCUCCUUCAUAAAACUUAGGGCAGAUUUUCGGGUUUGUCUUUUCUGAUAAUCUGGAGUCAAGCUAAGUCAAGAUGCCGUGGGUUUCCUUGUUUGUGAAUCACAAGAGGAAUUGUGUUCGCUUAAUGGUGUUUUUUCGUGUGAUUCUGUAAUUUAAUUACCUCGGGUGAAGAAUUUUGUCCUGUCAAGGCAAAGUCCCAUUAGAUUGUAAAGGAGCUCUUCUCAUUAGUGAUUUUUCCUCUUUCAUUACCAAAGCUGUUGGGAGGAUUGAGAAUGUACUUUGUGAUAACAAUAAGGAGAUACCAAGCUGUGAAGGAAGUUGGGCACAUUAAAAUGAGUGUUGGAGUCACUGCAUAUAAUCAAUUGAUGCUAGUUUGCCAGGCUGAGUAUUUUCGUCAGUUGCUUAAACCUGUUACGUAGUCUAGCAUUGAGGGACGUUGGUUUAGGGAGAGAUUGCCUUAUUUUGUACUUCAUUAGAAAGCUGCUGAAGAGAUGAUGUUUUAAUUUGAAAAAGUUGCCACAACUUGUUAGGUGGAAAUUGGAAUCACCUUAGCACCUGCUGUUUAGUUUUUGCAUUCCUUUAGGAACCUCCUUCCAGCUUUAGUACAGAAUAAUUGCCAGUUGCAAAGGCCGAAUCAUCAUUGCUUGCUUGAAGGUCAGUCAGAGUGAACAGUUAAUAUAAUGCAGACUCGUGAAUAUUUUCUCCCGGAAAAGAUGGUACUUCCUUUGGCAGAUGAAACCAUUGAUACUCAUAUGCAUGCCCCACUUGCUUCUGCCUUUGAUGCAGUUUUACCUCCUGGUGUGAGGCAGAUAACACCCUUUGAAAGAUUUAAAUUGCAACCCUCUGAGGCUUGCCCUAAGAAUUUCAUUAUCUUUGAUCAAGCAGAGCAACGGAGCAGGAUUAUGUUCAAUCCUGCAAUGACCUACAAAUUUAACAGUCCUGGCUUAAAUUUUCAUGCUGCUUGUUCUCAAGAAUUCCAAAAGAAUAGAGUUAGUCAAAUGGAAAGAGAAUUGUCAACUCCUUUUGAAGAAGAUUCUAAUGACAUUGAUGCAUUGUUGAGCUUAGGAGUGGAUGAUCUAGAAGAUUUCGAUGAGGAAGAAGUCAGCACAGCAAGGACUCAUGAAAAUUAUGAAAGUAUAUCUGAUACUUGCUCCAGUUAUUGCUCAAAAUCAAGCAAGAGAUUGUCAUCAUCUUCUGUACAGAAACCUUCUGGGACCAGGGUGUAUUGUCAUAAUGAAGGGAAACACCAGGAGAUGAAAAGGAUGGUGAGGAUAUUGAGAAGGAUUGUGCCUGGUGGAGGUAACCAAAUGGAUGCUGUUGCUGUUUUAGACGAAGCUGUUAAGUACCUCAAGUCUCUCAAAGUUGAGGUGGAACAAUUCGGAGUUGGACCAUGAAAAUGUAAGUUGGACUUCAUAUGCUUCUGCAACAGUGACCAUUUCCCCAACUAUGUUUGUUACUCUAUGAAUGAGCACCCCUUCUAGCUUAGCUCACCUUCCUUGUUCCCUUCUAUGAGAAGAGGCCUUGCUAAAUAAUAAAUUAUGACUGGCAUUUAUUUUACUUAUUCAGGUUAUGUAAGAAAAUACAAUCAUAAUUGUUGCACCGUAGGUUGUGUUUGAUAGUGUUGCUGGUUUAUUUCUUUUAUCCCAUUAACUCAAAUUUUUAUUAUGCAUGUUGAUGUUAUGUUAUGAAUGUACCAUAAAUUUAUAUGGCUGAUAAUUCCCC